GUAAACAAAUUUUUCUCCAAGUUAAUCAAUUGAUUAGAUAUUUAAUUGUUUUCCAAUCGAUUUUAAUUAUUUGAGUUCUAUUGAAUUUGCUGUUAAUCUUUUGCGUUUAGUUGUGAUUGUUUCUUUUCGGUGUUGGGAUAUAUUGAGCUGACAACAAUGACUUCUCAUAGUAACAUUACCGGUUCUCUGAUUGCUUCUCUUCAUCCUUUGGUUAUAAUGAAUAUUUCAGAACAUUGGACUCGAUUGAAGGCUCAGAAUAGUUCAGAGCAACAGGUUGUUGGUGCUUUAAUUGGUAAACAAGAGGGUAGAAAUAUUGAGAUAAUGAACUCCUUUGAGCUUCUCUUUGACCGGAUCGAGAUGGAUAUUAUUAUCGAUAAAACCUAUUACCUACAGAAAGAGAAUCAAUUUAAACAAGUUUUCCCUGAUCUUGAUUUCCUUGGUUGGUAUACUACGGGAGAUUCUCCUGAUGAAUCUGACAUUCGAGUUCAUCAACAAAUUCUUGAGAUCAACGAAUCACCCGUUUUACUUAAGCUCAAUCCCUAUAGUCGCCAUACCAAAUUACCUGUUAAAAUGUUUGAAACCAUAAUUGAUAUUGUCAAUGGAGAACCUAAAAUGUUGUUCGUUGAUUUAAAUUAUACAAUCAAGACUGAAGAAGCUGAAAGGAUCGGCUUGGAUCAUGUUGCUAAAUUAUCAGCUACACCUCAGGGAGCUGAUUCACACAGUUCAGUUGUAUCAGAACAUCUUGGUUGUCAAUUGAAUGCUGUUAAAAUGCUACGAGAUCGUAUUAGUUUAGUCUUAGCUUAUGUGAAAGAUACACAAAAAGGUAACAUCCCAUGGAACGAUGAAAUUCUGAGAGAAGCUCAUAACCUUUGCCACAGGCUUCCAGUGAUCAACAAUGGACAAUAUUCUGAACAAUUUUACAAUCAAUGUAAUGACGUUGCUUUAAUAACCUACCUGAGCACCAUAACCAAAGCUUCAAACACUCUAAAUCAAUUUGUCAACAAGUUCAACAUUCUCUAUGAUCGCCAAGGUGUUGGUCGACGAAUCAGAGCAUUAUUCAUGUAAUAAUAAUGGUGGAACUCUUUGAGAUUAUUCAGCUAAAUUUUCCCGUGUUCCUUUCCACCAUGAAGAUUACAAUGAGCGAAAAGAUUGUAAAUUCUUAAACAAUUUACUCCUCGUAAUUGUGAGAAACACAAAAGCCAAAUUGUCUUUUAUUUAAAAUCACAAUUAAAUCAGUUGCCUGUUUUAUAUUAUUAUA